AUGGUGAAGGAAACUGAAUAUUAUGAUAUUCUUGGGGUGAGCCCUUUUGCAUCGGAAGAAGAAAUUCGAAAAGCUUACUAUAUCAAGGCAAGGCAAGUUCAUCCUGACAAAAAUCCUAAUGAUCCUCAGGCUGCUGAAAGAUUUCAGCAAUUAGGCGAAGCAUAUCAGGUUUUAAGUGAUCCAAUUCAAAGAGAUGCAUAUGAUCGCACUGGGAAAAAUUCUGUUUCCAGGGAGACCAUGCUUGAUCCAACUGCUGUAUUUGCACUACUUUUUGGAAGUGAACUCUUUGAGGACUUUAUAGGACAUCUAGCUGUUGCAUCCAUGGCUUCAUCUGAAUUUCCCGAUGACAAUGAAAAUCCCGAAAAAGUACACGACAGGCUUAAGGCUGUUCAAAGAGAUAGGGAGGAAAAACUUGCAAGGAAGCUCAAAGAUUUUCUUUACCGGUAUGUACGAGGUGACAGAGAAGGCUUCAUACAACAUGCUGAAUCUGAAGCAGAGAGACUAUCACGUGCAGCUUUUGGAGCGGAAAUUUUGCACACCAUUGGAUAUGUAUACACCAGACAGGCUGCACAAGAACUUGGAAAGAAAGCAAUCUAUCUAGGAAUGCCAUUUGUGGCUGAAUGGGUAAGACAUAAAGGGCACUUCUGGAAAUCACAGCUUACUGCAGCGAAAGGUGCUUUUCAGCUGCUGCAACUUCAAGAAGAUGUGCGUCGACAGUUUAAAACGGAUGGCUGUGCACCAGAAAACGACAUUGAAACUCAUUUAAGAUUGAACAAGAAUGUACUCAUGAGUUCAGUUUGGAAACUAAACGUAGUAGACAUCGAAGUGACCCUCUUACAUGUCUGUCAGAUGGUUCUUCAAGAAACCAAUGUGAGGAAAGAAGAUCUCAAAUCUCGAGCUGUGGCAUUAAAAAUCUUAGGAAAAAUAUUUCAGAAUGAAAAGUAUAAACGCAACGGUGGAACGUCGAAAAAGAACUGCAGUAGUUCUAAUGUGCAUGUGGAUGAUAGCAGUUCUGAUAGCAGUGAUGACGAGGAAUCGCCAAGGUCACUCAAUUACAGAACCCCUAUGCUAACACAGGGGAUUGGGAGGCUCUUCAGGUGUCUAUGUAAUCCAGCCUUUGAUGUGGAUGAUGAAGAGAUUGUGUACAAAGGCAAAUAA